AUGCGCGCAGCUUUCGAUAUCUACGAGCACCCAGAUCUCACUUCAUCGGACGUUUGGUCCAAGACGAACCCCUCAGCUAAGAGGGAAGCACUGUAUAAAGUCAUUGCAGCGUUGUCGCUGGCGGCUGCAGCGUCGACAUAUAUUGUGUAUCGAUAUACUGGUCUAGGGAGCAUUCUACAACAGAGCUCAACAUGGAAUUUUUGA